AUGGGGAAUACCUUGGGAGGGAAAAAAACCACAAAGGUGAUGAAAAUUGAUGGGGAAACGUUCAAGCUUAAGACCCCAGUGAAAGUGGGUGAUGUGUUGAAGGACCACCCUGGUCUUGUUUUGUUGGAAUCUGAGGCAGUGAAGCAUUAUGGGAUAAGAGCAAAGCCUCUGGAAGCACACAAAGAGUUGCAACCAAAGAGGCUUUAUUUUCUUGUGGAGCUUCCAAAAGAGACAGUGCCAAGAAGGGUUCGUUCUGGCAUUAACAUGAGUGCCAAAGAUAGGCUAGAGAGCCUUGUUCUCUCUCGAAGGUCUUCUUCUGACCUCACAAUAAUGAAGCCUCAAAGCAAUGUUGAAGGGUCGUCACCAAAUGGUGGAGUGAGGUUGAAAAUGAGGCUUCCAAAGGCACAAGUGGAGAAGCUUAUGCAAGGCUGCAAAACUGAAGCUGAAGCUGCACAGAGGAUUAUGGGACUCUACAUGGCCACUAAUAGCAGCAAUGAGAGCGAUAGCAAACGUGAUAUUGGGAGUAGUGAAAGUACGAAGGCACGUGAGAAAAAGGUGAGUUUUAUGCCAAUCAGUGAAAUAGCCGUGGCUACGUAA